UACCUGGUGAGCUUCUUAAAUUUACUAAACAGGGUUCAGAGCUGCAAUGAAAAUCAUUUGCUUUUAGGAGCAAAUUGUGUUGAAGAACAUCCUCUGAUGAAAGGUUACACAAAGCUUCUCACCCAAGAAAUGGAAAAAUUAGAGAAUAAAAGCUGUACAACUCCCAAGGGUGACCAGGUAAAGUUCAGAUUUAAGUUAAUUCCCUCACAUAUGAAGUGGAUUUCAACCUUUUCUGGAGAAUUAAACAAUGCAGCGACAGAUUUUUCACCCUUUGCAAAUGUGAAUCAGACAAACAAGAACACUAUUGGUGGCUCUAUAGGUGGUAACCAUACUACCUGGCAACCACGUUAA